UAGCUCUAUGCAUAUUACAAACAGGUUUCGCAUGGCGACGUAAAUACUCCACGGCCUGGCUUAUUCGAUAUGGUCGGCAGAGCAAAGUGGUACGCAUAAGUGACGACAGUGUAGUUGAAAAGAACCGAACAAGUAUUCAGUGGUGACAACGACGAUUGAGCACUUGAGCUUAUUGAGAAUGAGAAUAGGGAUGCAUGGAAGAAACUAGAGGGGAUGGAUCGUCUGGAAGCUCGGUAUCUCUAUACAGAGACGUUGCUACGAUCGGCUACUGAGGCAUACAAGAGAAAUGCUGGCAGAGCUACAGCGGAGCAAAUUAUACAAGCAUUCGCGUUGAUGCAACCUUCGGGUGACCGCGACAGCGAAGAAGGCGAUGAGAUCACCGAUGAUACCACGCACGAUGAAGAUGAGGAUGAUACGAGCAGUAUUGCGUCAGCUGAAGCAGAGGAACAGGCUUAUCUCUGGGAAGUUCAGGCCAAUGCAGCAGCACCACGGCGACGAUUGGUGACACCCCGACAACAACAGCAACGACGAUCCUGGUAUGACAGAGCACCGUCAGCAGCCUCUUCCAUGGUCACUGCACCGACAGGCCAGUCUCGGACGACCUCACCCUCCAAUGAUCGACUACUACCCCACAUGAUUCCACAGCAUGAACGUGCUACUCGACAACAACAACAACAACAACAACAACAACAGCAGCAGCAGCAACGCCGUAGCUACGAUGAAGACAACUUGGAUCCUUGGGCACAGCAUCCAGCGAAUGCACUCAGUAAUAAUAAUGACAACAACAACAGCAGCGACGAAGAAGAUGAUGAUGAUCGAAUUAAUAGCAGUAAUGCCAGAAUGCGAGCCAUGUCACCUCGACAGUAUCAACAACAGCAACAGCAACAGCAACAGCAACAACGGUUGUUUAACCAACAUCGAAUUCCUGUACAGCCAUCACCUGUUUAUAGUACCUCUUCGUCCGUCACCGCCACACCCCGUCAGCCUUCGUCACUACAAAAUGUGUAUAAUAGUAAUCCUAAUAAUUCCUCCAGUAACAGGGCAACUCCUGACGCCCAGUAUAUGUCCGUCGUCGCAUUGGGCCCGGCAACCAAACGAGCGCUGGAAUCGCUCCAGACAGAAGUGAUCGCAUUGAAUAGUCGAAUCGACGAACUCCGGCGCGAGCUAGUUAUUCGGGAUCAACGCGAUGCAGCCGCUGCUACUGCUGCAGGUGCAAAAAAACAGCGACCGAUGAGUGGAUCCACGUUAUCGGGUAAAAGCAGCAUACAUCAACGGCGAUCCACCACCAGUGAAAGUAGUGGCAGCAGCAGUAGUAAUGGCGAUGAUGAUAUAUCAGAUAGUUGGAAAUGGGUCAUCAAGGCUGCUGCAAAACACGCCGCGGUCAAUUUGAUCACAGUGUUUGUUUUACUCCUGAUUUUGUACAGACGAGGAAGCCCUGUGGCGUAUGUAAUUACUGGUCAAUUUUCGAAAUUCUGGGACGGCGUGAAAAAUCGCGCUCUAUUUCAGACCGUAGUGUAAUAAGUGUGUGUGUCAUCUGUACAUGCAAUUUUUUAAAGAAA